ACCGUCGUGGAAAGACAUCACAUCGGACUAUACUGGGAUUUCUAAACAUCAAAAGAGCGAAAUGACAGAAUACAGGAACUUUCUUUUCCUUUUCAUCACUUCAUUGAGCGUCAUUUAUCCAUGCACAGGAAUAUCAUGGCUUGGUUUGACGAUAAACGGGAGCUCGGUGGGCUGGAAUCAGACGCACCACUGUAAACUCCUGGACGGGCUCGUGCCCGAUCAGCAGCAGCUCUGCAAGCGCAACCUCGAGCUCAUGCACAGCAUCGUGCGCGCGGCCAGGCUCACCAAGAGCGCGUGCACGAGCUCCUUCAGUGACAUGCGCUGGAACUGCUCGUCCAUCGAGAGCGCGCCACACUUCACCCCUGACCUGGCCAAAGGGACCCGUGAGGCAGCGUUUGUGUUUUCUCUGGCUGCUGCGGUGGUCAGUCAUGCCAUAGCUCGUGCCUGUGCAUCUGGAGACCUGCCCAGCUGUUCCUGUGCUGCAGCGCCGUCAGAGCAGGCGGCUCCUGAUUUCCGCUGGGGUGGAUGUGGAGAUAACCUUCGCUAUGGCCUACAGAUGGGCUCUGCUUUCUCUGAUGCGCCAAUGAGGAACCGGCGCUCAGGCCCACAGGCCUUCAGACUAAUGCAGCUGCACAACAAUGCUGUUGGCAGACAGGCGCUCAUGGACUCUCUAGAGAUGAAGUGCAAAUGUCAUGGCGUUUCUGGCUCCUGCUCUGUGAAGACCUGUUGGAAGGGUCUUCAAGACAUCAGCACCAUCUCCGCCGACCUCAAGUCUAAAUACCUGUCGGCCACCAAGGUGAUUCCGCGUCAGAUUGGCACCCGCCGGCAGCUGGUGCCCCGAGAAAUGGAGGUGAGGCCGGUUGGAGAGAAUGAACUAGUCUACCUGGUCAGCUCGCCGGAUUACUGCGCACAGAACGCCAAACAGGGGUCACUGGGGACCACAGACAGGCAGUGCAACAAGACAGCAAGCGGCAGUGAGAGCUGUGGCCUGAUGUGCUGUGGACGGGGUUAUAAUGCCUACACAGAGGUGCUGGUGGAGCGCUGCCAGUGUAAAUACCACUGGUGCUGUUACGUGUCCUGCAAAACCUGCAAGCGCACCGUCGAGAGAUACGUCUGCAAGUGACAGACCGUCUUCAUCAAUAGACCUUUUUUUUUUAGAGCCAUAAGUGAGUGGAUAAUCCUUUCCCAGGCAGGAAAGUGAAGAAAGAAGAGCCGGAGUUGAGGAAUAUGGGAUGGUGAAAGAGUUAAUGAAUGGCUGUAAACAAAGAACCCUGCAGUGAGACCCUCCAGGCUCCCCACCGAAAAACCAGAGAUAAGUAGAGGCAAAACUCAUCAACUCCGGCACUGAGGGAAAGAGACUGGGGGAAGGGAACAGACUGUGCUGGGGGAAACACUUACUUUACUGUGGUAAAACUUCAUGCGUUGAUGGCCUGCCCGGAUCGCUUUGUUUUGGUCAGAUGAAUUUCACAAGCUGGACGUGAUACACGUCAGACUGAUUAGUUCAGUUGACUUCAGAUGUUCUCUGCACUCAGUAUUGAUUUAUGAAAGCUUGACGACACUAUUUUUAUAGUAAAGUAACAUACAGCAAUGGGAGAAACGAGACUGCUUGGAAAUUAACAACUUCUAGUUGUGUGUUUAAGUACAAAAAAAAAUGUUUUGCAAAAUGCUAAUGAUUUUGUAGUCAUUUAGAGCAGAAAAUGACAAUUAGUUAAAAUAUGCAAUGUGUAUAUUAAUUUUCCAAUAUUUUAACUUCAGAUGAGUUAUUAAAUCAAUAUACAGUGGAAGAACCCUGAUUUUUGGACACAUUUGUUAUUCUGACCAGUUGUCAUUUUGAGAAAAACACUAAAUGACAAUAUUUUUUUCUCAAAUUACAGAAUAAAUCCAGAAAAACAAACAAAAAGCGCUCAGGGGUAACUCAAAUAUUUGAUCGGUGCUCUUUGGGUGAGGGAUUCAUCAAAACAUCAAAAGAAAUUAGUCCAAGGCACUCGGAAUAUGUGGGAAAUUUUAAAAAGCCUUUAUUCACAUGGCUUAAUCUUAAAAGAAACCUACGCGUUUCGGCAGAGAUCUGCCUUCAUCAGGGUAAACAGUGAUCAGGUGCGUUUAGAGUCUCUUUUGAGUACUAAGGUCACAUGACUCAUUCAAACAUCUCUACAAUACUCAAAUAAAUUAACCGACAUAGUCAACUAUCAUCAUUAGCAUAGAUAGAGGGUGACUUUAAACCAUGCACAGAUAUACAAAAAAUGCUUAAACAUGGCAAGUACAUACACACUUCCGAACACAUUUACAUGUGCACAUACACAUAUAUACACACAUGCACGUAUAAAAACAUGUACACAUAGGAAAAUACAAACACGUUCUACAAUGUAUGAUGAUAAUCAGUGGAUCAUCUAUGGAUAAACUGUUUUACAAAAAUGAAGAAAAGUCUAAUUCACCUUUUAGACCUGGGAAUCUAGUUGCUUUUAAUUUAGAUUUUAGCAUUUUACUCAAACACAUAACUAGAAAAACUAU